ACCACGCGAGCGGCUCUACACUUGUAACUUGUUGGCUACAGGUUGUGGAGGAGGACGGAGGUCCACGCGAUCCAAACUUCCCCGGAAAAAAACAUCAUUCAAGAGACUCUGAAGAAAAGUUUGAUGUUUUAGUCGGGAGCACUUCCCUCAAAAUGAGGGUCCGCUCUUGACUUUAUUCAUCGAAGCAAGGCUGCCUGUUCCUCAGAGUUUGGGAUCCUUUCAGAGUUUCAGCAAUUAGAAGUGGGCGCAAUUACGCACGGCGAGCACCAUGGCACGGAUGUUGGAUAGACGUGCUCCGGCUUUGCUCUUGGUUUGGAGCUACUGUGUCCUAGCGGAUACCGCUUUUACGAACUUUACGCUGGACAACGAGUUUCACUCCAGCUUCAUUCACCGCCGCCUGAAGAGCCAGGAGCGCAGAGAGAUGCAACGCGAGAUCCUGUCGAUCCUGGGGCUGCCGCACCGGCCACGACCCCACCUCCACGGCAAGCACAACGCUGCACCGAUGUUUAUGUUGGACUUAUACAACGCCAUGUCCACAGAAGGGGACGAGAACAGAUACUCCUAUCCGUACAAGCCGGUAUUCACCACCCAGGGGCCUCCCAUAGCCAGCACGCAGGACAACAACUUCUUGAACGAUGCAGACAUGGUCAUGAGUUUUGUCAAUUUAGUGGAGCAUGAUAAAGAGUUCCUACCAGUGCGGCGGCAUCACAAGGAGUUCAGAUUCGACCUGUCACGAAUCCCAGAGGGCGAGGCGGUCACUGCAGCUGAGUUUCGUAUUUACAAAGAUUUCAUCCAUGAACGCUAUGAGAACGAGACAUUCCGCAUCAGCGUCUACCAGGUGUUGGAGGAACACUCUGACAGGGAGUCCGACCUGUUUCUCCUGGAUUCUCGGGUGAUCUGGGCAGCAGAGGAGGGCUGGCUGGUGUUUGACGUGACUGCCACCAGUAACCACUGGGUCCUGAACCCUGGUAGGAACCUGGGUCUGCAGCUGGCCCUGGAGAGCACAAAUGGAGAGAGUAUCAAUCCUCGUGUGGCAGGGUUGAUUGGUCGCAGCGGGCCUCAAAAUAAACAGCCGUUCAUGGUGGCCUUCUUCAAAGCCACUGAGGUACACCUGCGAAGCAUCCGCUCAGCAGCAGGGGGAGCCAAACAGCGUAACCCCAACCGCUCUAAAGGUGCAAAGAGCCAGGAAGCACUCAGGGUGGCCAAUGUUGCAGAAAACAGCAGUACUGAUCAGAAGCAGGCGUGUAAGAAGCAUGAACUCUACGUCAGUUUCAGAGACUUGGGGUGGCAGGACUGGAUCAUUGCUCCAGAGGGAUAUGCAGCAUACUAUUGUGAGGGAGAGUGUGCCUUCCCGCUGAACUCCUACAUGAAUGCCACAAACCAUGCCAUUGUGCAGACGCUUGUUCAUUUCAUUAACCCGGACACGGUUCCUAAGCCUUGCUGCGCCCCUACACAGCUCCACGCCAUCUCCGUGCUCUACUUCGAUGACAGCUCCAACGUCAUCCUCAAAAAAUACCGCAACAUGGUGGUCAGAGCCUGUGGCUGCCACUAGACUGUCAGCAUCUUCACACACAGAUAUGCAAACACACAUGAGUAGAGAGGGCUUCUACUCGCCAUCAGGCUCCGUUUGACACAUUGAGAUGGAUUGCUCUUGCACGUGUAUUUAAUGUACAGUCGGAGAGUUCAAGUGUGGAGCAAACUCUCAGUUCAUUGUCAAGGAUAUCCUAAAGUAAACACAAAGUUGAGGAACUCAUAACAAGUGCACAAAUGUGCACAAGGAAAAGCGCACACAUGCUAAAGUUUGUACAGCGAGCAUCAGGGCCUUUGUAAGGAGCAAAUGAUGAGGAAGAGUGACUAGAUUUUACUGGGAAAUUUAUAGAAUCACAGAUUGAAUACCAAAAUGUGUAAGUGAAGCCUCAGAAAUACAGGCAUGAUGCAGCAUUUUCCUUUUCAAUAGCUGACUCCAAACAUACAGAUUGGAGAAAGCAGACCAGCAAGCUUAUACUUGUCUUAUUUGUGAAUGCAUCAACAGUAAAAGCAGUAAAAGUGAGGCAGCCUAGGAGGACUUUGGAAGACGUGUAGUUUCACCUCAAGGUUUGUGUAAAGCAAUUUCGGAAAAAAAGUUGGUGUUUUAACACAAAAGCUACAUUUCUAGCUUGCUCUGAAUUUCAAUCCACCAGUCCAUCUUCCCUUGAUGCCAGAACUUGAAAAACAGCACGGUCUGUUUCUUCAAAUUGCAUCAGAAUGAGGUCAGUAUCUGAUCCUGGGCUGGACAGAUCAACUAGAGCAGGAAGAUAAAUUUUCCAUAAUAAGGAUGUCAGAGUUUUUGACUGUUGAGAGAGAUGUAGCUUUCCCAGGUGAGCCUGGUUCCAACAACAGACACAGCAUCCGAGAGCAGAUUUUUAUGAUACAAAUCCUUCAAAAUAAAAGCACAUCAUAGACUUUUUCAAAAAAAAAUUUUCUCGGCACACAUCUGUGAUCCACUUUUGGGUCCCAACCAACCAGUGAGAACCAAGGUUUUAGAAUACCACGUCUGACACCUGCCCAGCACCUGAAAAUGUGCAGAACAAGUGUUUCACAUCAAGCUGAAACUUCUCAUAGAAGCUUUUUCCCCCUUGCAGUGGCCCUGAUGCGUGGGUACAUUUGUGCUUUCUACUGUGUAUACAAGACAAUAAAAUCAGUGAUUGUACUGUAUAUUCAUUCACAGUCAACAAGCUUUUGUUUAUUUCCUUAAGUGUUAUUGUAGUUAAUUCUGUAGAUUUCGUUUUAUAUAUAACAGAGAGACCCAGGUGGAUGUUCUGAUUUUUUAAAUAUGUAAAAUACUGUGUAUAUAAUUUUUCAAACAAGUAAGAAGUGUAUUUAUUUCCUGGACUGUUAGUUGGGUUUGCCUUUUUUCGUUCACACACAAAGUUGACAGGAAGCUGAUUUGACUCGACCGCUGAGGUUAAAGUCGAUGCGCCCCGCUGCCUCACGUGUGCACUGAUGGUGGGAGGCAAUUUAUGACAACCUGGACCCGUGGAUGUCUCCACAUUUCAUCAGUCGAAACUGUUACAUAUUCCUGUAGCUCAUUUUCACAGCAACAAUCAGCUGAAGUGUCAGAGAGGGAAAUUCUUGUCCUACGAGCAUGACAUUUUCAGGUUCAUAUUCCGCUGCUGUAAUACAAUCUGUCAUAUUUAAAAGGUCUAUUUAUUGGGAGCUGGCUCAGAUGUUCUGCUGUGUGCUCCGAUGUCUCAACCAUGUUUGACUGCUGAACUGGUACAACAAUAAACUGGGAG